AUGCCUCGGCCAUCACGUGAAACGUACGGUGAUCAAAAACCACCUUACUCCUAUAUAUCAUUAACAGCAAUGGCAAUUUGGAGUUCUCCAGAAAAAAUGCUACCAUUAAGUGAUAUUUAUAAAUUUAUAACCGAUCGUUUUCCUUAUUAUCGGAAAAAUACUCAAAGAUGGCAAAACUCUUUACGGCAUAAUCUUAGUUUUAAUGAUUGUUUUAUUAAAGUUCCACGCCGUCCAGAUAGACCAGGUAAAGGUGCAUAUUGGGCAUUACAUCCACAAGCAUUUGAUAUGUUUGAAAAUGGUAGCUUAUUAAGACGAAGAAAACGUUUUAAAUUACAUAAAAAUGAUAAGGAUACUUUAAAUGAAGAGUUGGCAGCAUUAGCAAAUUUAAAUCGUUAUUUUUUUACUAGUACAGCAGCCACCUUACAUCAUCCAAUGGAUUUACCACCAAUACAUCAGGAUCCAGCAUUAUAUGGUCGUAUACCACCACCACAUCCACAUGCAACAUAUGCGGCAGCAACAAUGUUACCUCAUAAUAAUACAUCACCACCAUUAUUAAGAUCUACUAUAUCACCACCAUUAUCAGUAGAUUGUUCACCAUUGACUGGUAUAACAUCUGAUUUACAAACAACUCCUUCCUCGUUUGAUGCUAGUCGUCCAAAGAGAUCUUUUACAAUAGAAAGCCUUAUAACACCAGAUAAAGAUGCCACAUAUUGUAUUGACGAUACAAGCAGUACCGAUGAUCUUAGUAUUGAUAGUAAAAAGAGUAAGAAAUCAAAGAGUAAAACUGAUUGCGGAAGUAUGAAGCGGAAAGCUUCAAAUCGAGAUGAACAUUUUGAUUUAGAUGAACAAAAUUCUAAAUUAACUAGAGGAACUACACCAACGCCUCCAAUACCAAGAACAGUAUUACCUCCUUUACAUACAAUUAGUGCGGCAGCUGGUCUACCGUUUUUACAUUAUCCUCCAAAUAAUCCAACAAUAAAUAUGAAUUACGAUUUGCCAAUGCAUCCACUUUUAAUGAUGCAACCUGCAGCAGCAGCUGCUCUAGGAGCAGGAUUACAUAAUAGUUAUUAUCAUAAUCUAAAUGUUUUACAACAGCAUCAACAGCAGCAACAACAACAACAACAGCAACAACAGCAACAUCAUCUCCAACAUCAUCAUCAUGUUGGCGACAUUAAUAGGAUUGCGUCUACUUUAAGAACAAUUUAG